GUGCUUUUGUGUGAGGGCCAGUCACUCGGACCACAUGACGUGGUGGACCAAGAAAGCCUCAAGAACGAGGGCUUGCCAGCCUCGGCAGUGAGCCUCAGCACCUGUGGGCCUCUGCAGCGGGGCCUGGUAGGGGCUCUCCCUCCGCACGAUGUGUGACUAACUGGGGGCUGAACUCCUGGCCCCUCCUCUGGUUCUACCCAGGCUGCACCUUCCUCUCCUCUUCAAAAACCUCCUGACGGGGUUGUUUCCACCCCAGGGGCCCCUGACCCCCUGGACCCUGGAGCACCCGGUCCUCACCUCCGGAGUUAGUGAAUUCCAGACCAAAACCAGGCCCCACGUGUGUGCCGAGCAGGAGCUGACCUUGGUGGGCCGCCGCCAGCCCUGUGUGCAGGCUUUCAGCCGAACUGUGCCUGUGUGGAAGCCCGGCUGCGGGCGGCAGGCGUGGUGCGUCGGCCACGAGCGGAGAACCAUCUACUACACAGGCUACAGGCAGGUGUAUGCCAUGGAGGCCCAGACCGUGUUCAGGUGCUGCCCAGGGUGGAGCCAGCAGCCCGGCGACCAGGGCUGCCUCUCCGCCCAGUGCAGCGCUGGUCUCUGUUUCAAUGGCGGCCACUGCGUGCCUGGCUCAGCCCAGCUUUGCUACUGUCCCCGAGGCUUCCAGGGUCCCCGCUGUCAGUACGACGUGGAUGAGUGUGCCAGCGGGAACGGGGGCUGUGAGGACCAGUGCUACAACACUGUGGGGGGCUUCUACUGCCGCUGCCCCCCUGGCCGCCAGCUGCAGGGAGACGGCAGGACCUGCCAAGACGUGGAUGAGUGCCAGUUGCACAACGGUGGCUGCCAGCACAGAUGUGUGAACACACCAGGCUCCUACCUCUGCGAGUGCAAGCCCGGAUUCCAGCUCCAUGCGGACGGCAGGACCUGCUUGGCCAUACACUCCUGUGCCGUGGGCAACGGCGGCUGCCAGCACCAGUGCGUCCAGCUCACGGCAACCCAGCUCCGCUGCCAGUGCCGCCCCGAGUUCCAGCUCCAGGAGGAUGGGAAGCGCUGUGUCCGGAGAAACCCGUGCGCAGACCGGAACGGCGGCUGCAUGCACACAUGCCAGGUGCGUCGCGGCCUCGCGCACUGUGAGUGCCACACGGGCUUCCUGCUGGCGUCCGACCGCAGGUCCUGUGAAGAUGUGGAUGAAUGUGCCACAGGGCAGGCCCAGUGUGCCCAUGGCUGCCUCAACACCCGGGGGUCCUUCACCUGCCUGUGCCACGCCGGCUACGAGCUGGGUGCUGACGGCCGGCAGUGCUACCGUAUCGAGAUGGAGAUUGUGAACAGCUGCGAGGCAAACAAUGGGGGCUGCUCGCAUGGCUGCAGCCACACCAGUGCGGGGCCGCUCUGCACCUGCCCCCAUGGUUAUGAGCUGGACGAGGACCAGAAGACGUGCAUCGACGUGGACGACUGUGCAGCCUCCCCGUGCUGCCAGCAGGCCUGCACCAACAGCCCCGGCGGGUACGAGUGUGGCUGCUAUGCCGGCUACCGGCUCAGCACCGACGGCUGCGGGUGUGAGGACGUGGAUGAAUGUGCCUCUGGCCGUGGCGGCUGUGAGCACCACUGCACCAACCUGGCGGGCUCCUUCCAGUGCUCCUGCGAGGCUGGCUUCCGGCUGGACGAGGACCGCAGGGGCUGUGCCCCCCUGGAGAUCCCCGAGGUGGACCUGGACGGCCAGCUGCCCUUUGCACGGCCCCUCCCGCACGUCGCGGUGCUCCUGGACGAACUGCCUCACCUCUUCCAAGACGACUAUGUUGGGGUCCAGGAGGAGGAGGAGGAGGCGGCCGCCGAGGCCCGGGGCGAGCACACACUGAUGGAGAAGUUUGUCUGCCUGGACGCCUCCUUCGGCCAGGACUGCAGCCUCACGUGUGACGACUGUAGGAAUGGGGGGAACUGCCUCCCGGGCCUGGAUGGCUGCGACUGCCCCGAGGGCUGGACCGGCCUCAUCUGCAAUGAGACUUGCCCUCCAGACACCUUCGGAAAGAACUGCAGCCUCUCCUGCGGCUGCCAGAAUGGCGGGACCUGCGACCCCGCGACGGGCGCCUGCCGCUGCCCCCCUGGCGUCGGUGGAGCCCGCUGUGAGGACGGCUGCCCCAAGGGCUUCUACGGCAAGCAAUGUCACAAGAAGUGCCACUGUGCCAACCGUGGCCGGUGCCACCGCCUCUAUGGGGCCUGCCUCUGUGACCCGGGGCUCUACGGCCGCUUCUGCCACCUGGCCUGUCCGCCGUGGGUCUUCGGGCCCGGCUGCUCGGAGGAGUGCCAGUGUGAGCAGCGGAACACGCUGUCCUGUGACCGGAGGGAUGGCAGCUGCUCCUGCAAGGCGGGCUUCCGGGGCGAGCGGUGUCAGGACGAGUGUGUGCCGGGCUUCUUUGGGCCUGGAUGCCUACAGGUGUGUUCCUGCCCUCAGGGCAUAUCCUGUGACCCCGUCAGCGGCCAGUGUGGCAAGCUGUGUCCUGCCGGCUACCAGGGGAAGGACUGUGACCAAGAGUGCCCAGGGGGGACAUUCGGUGUGAACUGCUCAGGUUCCUGCUUCUGUGGGGGAGCACCCUGUGACCGGGUCACGGGGCAGUGCCUGUGCCCUCCAGGGAGGACUGGGGACGACUGUGGGGCAGAUUGUCCUGAGGGCCGCUGGGGGCUCGGCUGCCAGGAGAUCUGCCCUGCGUGUGAGCAUGGUGCCACCUGUGAGCCUGGGACCGGAGCCUGCCUGUGCCCCCCCGGUUACGCGGGCAGCCGCUGCCAGGACGCGUGCCCGGCAGGCUGGUUUGGGCCUGGCUGCCAGCUGAGGUGCCCCUGUGCCAAUGACGGGCACUGCCAUCCAGCAACCGGACGCUGCAGCUGUGCCCCUGGGUGGACCGGCCUCAGCUGCCAGAGAGCCUGUGAUGACGGGCGCUGGGGACCCGACUGCAGCCGGCGCUGCACCUGCAGCCCAGGCCGUGGGAGUUGCGACGCGGUCAGUGGCCUGUGUGUGUGUGAGGCCGGCUACACAGGCCCGCGGUGCGAACAGCGGUGUCCCCAGGGCCACUUUGGGCCGGGCUGUGAGCGGCAGUGCCAGUGUGAGCAUGGGGCAGCCUGCGACCAUGUCAGCGGGGCGUGCACCUGCCUGGCUGGCUGGAGGGGAGCCUUCUGUGAACGCGCCUGCCCGGCGGGCUUCUUUGGCCUGGACUGUCGCGGUGUCUGUGACUGUGCCGCCGGGGCCCCCUGUGACUCUGUGAGCGGCUCCUGCCUCUGCCCUGCUGGCCGCCGGGGCCCCCGCUGUGCACAGGCCUGCCCCGCCCCCACCUACGGACACAACUGCAGCCAGACCUGCUCCUGCUUCAACGGGGGCUCCUGUGACCCUGUCCAUGGACAGUGCCGCUGCGGCCCUGGCUGGAUCGGCCCCACCUGCCUGGAACCCUGCCCCACGGGCUCGUACGGCGAGAACUGUCAGCAUGCCUGCCUCUGUCAGCACGGGGGCACCUGUGACCCCGUCUCAGGCCACUGCACGUGCCCGGAGGGCUGGGCUGGCCUGGCCUGCGAGGAGGAGUGCCUCCCGGGGCGCUUUGGAGCCGGCUGUGAGCACAGUUGCGGAUGUCUCAACGGCGGCAUCUGUGACCGGCCCUCGGGCCACUGUCUCUGCUCAGCCGGCUGGACUGGGGACAAGUGUCAGAGCCCCUGUGCUGAGGGCACGUUUGGGGCACGCUGUGAGGAACGCUGUUCCUGCCGGCGGGGGGCCACCUGCCACCACGUGACGGGGGCCUGCCUCUGCCCCCCGGGAUGGAGAGGCUCACGGUGUGAGAACGCCUGCCCGCAUGGCUGGUUUGGAAAGGCCUGUGCCCAGCGCUGCCUGUGCCCGCCCAGCGCCCCCUGCCACCAUGUCACCGGGGCGUGUCACUGUCCACCAGGCUCCACGGGUCCCGGCUGUGAGCAGGGGUGCCCCCCCGGGCGGUUUGGGCCUGGCUGUGAGCAGCAGUGUGGGUGUCUCCACGGGGGCUCCUGUGAUGCAGCCACCGGGGCCUGCCUCUGCCCUGCGGGGUUCCUGGGGGCUGACUGCAGCCUGCCCUGUCCACAGGGCCGCUUCGGCCCCGGCUGUGCCCACGUGUGCAGGUGUGGGCAGGGAGCAGCCUGUGACCCCGUGACUGGCAGCUGCACCUGCCCCCCCGGGAGGACUGGCGUCCACUGUGAGCACAGCUGCCCUCAGAACCGGUUUGGCGUGAGCUGUGAGCACGUGUGCUCCUGCAGGAAUGGGGGCCUGUGCCAUGCGGCCAAUGGCAGCUGCUCCUGCGGCCUGGGCUGGACGGGGCCAUACUGUGAGCUGGCCUGCCCUCCUGGUUACUACGGUGCCGCCUGCCGUCUGGAGUGCUCUUGCCAAAACAAUGGCACUUGUGAGCCCACCACGGGCGCCUGCCACUGCGGCCCCGGCUUCUACGGCCCGGCCUGCCAGCACUCCUGUCCCCCCGGCUUUCACGGGGCUGGCUGCCAGGCAGCGUGUGAGUGUCGGCACGGGGCCCCCUGCCACCCCGUCAACGGCCAGUGUGUCUGCCCCUCCGGCUUCUCCGGCCAGCUCUGUGAGAGGGGGUGUGAACCAGGCUCGUUUGGAGAGGACUGCCGCCAGCGCUGUGACUGUGAGGCAGGGGCACCUUGCGACCCCAUCACCGGCCACUGCCUGUGUCCCCCGGGGCGCACAGGGGCCGCUUGUGACCUCGACUGCACACCGGGCUUCUUCGGGCCGGGCUGUGCCCUGCGCUGCAGCUGUGGGGCUGGGGCUGCCUGUGACCCCGUCAGUGGGCGGUGCCACUGCGUGGACGGCUACUUGGGGCCCACCUGCCAGCAAGCGGCCUCACAUCCAGCUUCUCACGGACCAGCACUUGGGCUCGGCAGCAGGGCAGAGAAACACUAGCUCAGAGGCAGCCCCCAAGCAGGCCCAUCUUCCAGGCGUUUUGGUGACGACCGAGGAGGGGUGCCUGUGGGCCAGCCAGGACUGCAGCCCCAGACUGUGCCCGGCCCUGCGGCCUCUCGCUGGGCAAGGAUCGGCUGGCCACGGGGAGCGAGGCGCUGCCUGCCCUAGCUCCAAGGAGCCCAGGCGAGUGGGCCCGGCCUCGGGCUGCACAGCCACACAGCGGCGCUGGACGCAAGUGCUGAGGAAGCCCCCCCGCCCACCCCCCUGCCGCCCCCUCCGCGGCCCUGGGCGAGGACCGAGGGCGCGUGGGUGCAGGCGCAGGCAGAGCCCCUGCCUUCUGAUCAGGUUCUUGUGGUGCUAGGCCCUGGGGCUGCUGCGCUCAGCCUGUUGACCCGCUGUAUUUAUGGAGACGUAUUUAUGGGCAGCUGGCCACGCCCCCUGCACCCCUGGGCACCGGAAGGCUGCCCGCCCCUGCCUGCCCCAGGAAACCCUGCUGCGGGACUUUGGGGCCCCGUGGGGUCUCUGGGCGGCGGGCUCCGGUACCUGUGAAAUCCAGAAACUUAAGAAAGAAGCCGCUGCUUCCUUGUG